UUCAACCAAUUGACCUCGAAGAAGUUGCACGAGAGGGUCCACAACAAUGAGAAACCCUAUGUUUGUCAGGUUUGCCUGAAGGCCUUCACCAACAUCAGCAACCUGCACGUACAUUCCCGAACGCACAACAAUCAGCGGCCGUACUCGUGCGACCAGUGCGGCAAGCGAUUCGCCCAAUCGCAAACCCUGAAGACGCAUGUCCUCUCGACGCACACCGCGGAUCGUCCGUACAAGUGUGACCUUUGCCCUCGGACCUACGCGACCCAGUCUAACCUACGGAACCACCAGAACAGUCACCUGAAGGAGAAACCCUUCAUCUGUAACGAAUGCGAUCGCCGUUUCACGCAGAAAUGUACCCUGAAGACCCAUCUCCUGUCGCAUCGCAAAGAUAAGGACUUCAAAUGUGUCGACUGUGACAAAUGCUUUCCGACUCAAGGACUCCUGAACACCCACUGGAAGCAAGUCCACAACAAGAAACCUCCGGAGACGGGACGAGAGCUUAACUGUGACGAAUGCGGUAGGGCGUUCAAGUUCAGGGCCCGCUAUGUUACCCAUAUGCGUACGGUUCACCAGAAGGAAGUCGAUGUAGUGCCAAAGAAAGAAGAUGUGGGUAUAGCGGCUGCCGGAAAUUUCGGCGGUGGAGAGGCGGACGAGGACUCGAUGAUACUGGGAUUCGACGAUAUAGCGCCGGAUCUUGUUCCUGAUCUGCAUUUCAAUUAGUAUCCUAUUAGAAAUAUACGAAUUGUAGCGAGCGUUUUAGCACG